AUGACUAGCCGGACGGGCGUCACGCGACUCGGCGACGCAGCAGCAGUAACAGCUAGCAGUAACAACGCAAGCACAAGCAGUGCCAUGGCGAGUCGUCGGCCGGGCGGGCAGGAAAUUGGGUGGCUCGAGGCAAACUUUGGCCAUGACGACGGCGGAUCCCUGGCCUCUGGUUGCGCCGUCGUUGGUGAUCGAACCGUUGUGCCGGCUUCGCACUUGGUUUCACCCUGCCCGCGCGCCACGUGUGAGCCUAUCGAGGUGCGCCCACAGCCACACAUGGGGCGCCCCAGCCCGCCCGACAAGCUGCUUCCAUGGCAAUCAUCCUCGCCCAGCCCAACCCUCGCACUCGCGGGAGUCAUAGUAAUCUGCCAGUAUAGUAUGAUGGAGCAGCCGGCCAGCGAGCGAGUAGAGUACAGCACAGCACAGCAGUGGCAGACUGCCCGCACACCGGUGUGUCAAGACACGACUGACCCACGCCGUCCGUGGCAUCGUCCUUGGUGGGGCCGUGGAUGCUGCUGCCCUACACCGACGUCUGCUACUGCUGCUGCUGCUGCUGCUGCUGCUGCAUACAGACCCGAUGAUGUUGGUGGUGGUGGUGGUGGUAAUGAUGAUGAUGACGAUGCAAGCAAGCAGCCUUUUUCCGGCAUGGAAUCCCCCUCUUUGGCCGGAUGUAACGGCAGCGCUACAUUAGCUAUACAUACUUCUGCGUGCAUGGAAAUACGUAGUAGCUGGACGCAACUUGCCCUCCCAGCUCGCCUGUCAGCGGGAGGCGGCAGCGUAGGUGCAGGCGGCGGCGGCCAUGGUCCUCCUUGGUGCGCAUGCUUGCAUGCCUCUGCCUCACUUAUGCUCAGGCUCUCCACGUAUACGACUGGCUCCAGUGGCCUGCAGGCGGGCGUGAUUGGCAGCGGUGCAGCUGGCGGUGCAGUGGAUGGCGGAUGGUGGACGGGACAACCUUGGGCUGCGUCAUUGUCGACGCCGUUGCUCGGUGGGGCCUAA